AGAAGGGGAGGGCAGCAUUGAAUUAGAUUGUUGAUAGCGUCCCUCCGAGGACUGCUAUUAAGAGCACGCCACUCUGUACUUCUCUGCUGCAGAAGACAGAGUGAUAUUCGUGUUACCACAGCAUGUUGAAAACGGAUGAGAUUCUGCUCAUCCCGGCUUGGAAAUAAGAAUAGGGAAAGGAGAGCAACUUGAAUCAGAAGCCGCUAGAAGAGCGUGCAGAGUGCUGCAGCAGUUUAUACUUGUUCUUACAUUUUGCCUUCUUCUAACUGGAAAACAGAGAGACUGGCAUUUUUUAAACGGGCUUUUCCCAUAAUGGCAUUCUUUUAUUGUGUGGCCAGAGCUUGUGCGGGAGGAAAGCGGGCUGCCGAAUUUAGUCACUGAUCUCUAUUAGCUGUGGCCUAAGGCUAUGCUGAGGUUUAUAUCCCAUUUGUAUUGUUGCAGCUCAAAAGAAGAAUGUUCAGAGGAUGACAAGUGUAUUCUGAGUAGAUCUCUAGUGGAAGAGGAAGACCAACACAUGAAAUUGUCCCUUGGAAGCAGCGAAAUGGGUCUCUCAUCCCAUCUGCAGUCUUCCAAGGCAGGAACCACACGCAUCUUUACCAGCAAUACCCACAGUUCUGUGGUGUUACAGGGCUUUGACCAGCUUCGACUUGAAGGAUUGCUUUGUGAUGUGACUCUGAUGCCAGGCGACACAGAUGACGCCUUCCCUGUGCAUAGAGUCAUGAUGGCCUCUGCUAGUGAUUACUUCAAGGCGAUGUUCACAGGUGGAAUGAAAGAACAAGAUUUAAUGUGCAUUAAGCUUCAUGGUGUGAGCAAAGUCGGCUUAAGGAAAAUUAUUGAUUUCAUUUAUACUGCAAAGCUUUCUCUUAACAUGGACAACCUUCAAGACACACUGGAAGCUGCCAGUUUUCUUCAGAUUCUGCCGGUUUUGGACUUCUGCAAAGUAUUUCUCAUAUCUGGGGUGACUUUAGACAACUGUGUGGAAGUUGGUCGGAUUGCCAACACCUACAAUCUGACAGAAGUGGAUAAAUACGUCAACAGUUUUGUCCUGAAGAAUUUUCCUGCAUUGCUGAGCACUGGGGAGUUCUUGAAACUCCCUUUCGAGCGUCUCGCCUUUGUGCUUUCCAGUAAUAGCCUUAAGCACUGCACUGAACUUGAGCUCUUUAAGGCUACCUGUCGCUGGCUACGCCUAGAAGAGCCUCGGAUGGACUUUGCUGCAAAAUUAAUGAAGAACAUACGAUUUCCACUGAUGACACCGCAGGAGCUCAUUAAUUAUGUGCAAACCGUGGAUUUCAUGAGAACUGACAAUACCUGUGUGAAUCUCCUUUUGGAAGCCAGCAAUUACCAAAUGAUGCCGUACAUGCAGCCAGUGAUGCAGUCAGACAGGACUGCCAUUCGGUCUGACACCACUCAUUUGGUCACGCUUGGAGGAGUGCUGAGGCAGCAGCUGGUUGUCAGCAAGGAAUUGCGCAUGUAUGAUGAAAAGGCCCAUGAAUGGAAAUCGUUAGCCCCCAUGGAUGCCCCAAGGUACCAGCAUGGCAUCGCUGUCAUUGGAAAUUUCCUCUAUGUCGUCGGUGGACAGAGUAAUUAUGACACAAAAGGAAAAACGGCGGUCGAUACAGUCUUCAGAUUUGAUCCUCGCUACAAUAAAUGGAUGCAGGUUGCGUCUUUAAAUGAAAAGCGCACCUUCUUCCACCUAAGUGCCCUCAAAGGAUAUCUGUAUGCUGUCGGUGGGCGAAAUGCAGCUGGUGAACUGCCCACAGUGGAGUGUUACAAUCCAAGAACAAAUGAGUGGACCUACGUUGCCAAAAUGAGCGAACCCCACUAUGGCCAUGCUGGGACUGUGUAUGGAGGAGUCAUGUAUAUUUCAGGAGGAAUCACUCAUGACACUUUCCAAAAGGAGCUCAUGUGCUUUGACCCUGAUACUGACAAGUGGAUCCAGAAGGCGCCGAUGACCACCGUCAGAGGCCUGCACUGCAUGUGUACGGUGGGCGAGAGGCUCUACGUCAUCGGUGGCAAUCACUUCCGAGGCACAAGUGAUUAUGAUGAUGUCCUAAGCUGUGAAUACUACUCACCUAUCCUUGACCAGUGGACCCCAAUUGCUGCCAUGCUAAGGGGGCAGAGUGAUGUUGGGGUUGCAGUCUUUGAAAAUAAGAUCUACGUGGUCGGUGGGUAUUCCUGGAAUAAUCGCUGUAUGGUGGAGAUAGUGCAGAAAUAUGACCCCGAUAAAGAUGAGUGGCAUAAGGUGUUCGAUCUCCCAGAGUCCCUCGGUGGCAUCCGAGCUUGUACCCUCACGGUUUUCCCGCCCGAAGAAACCACACCAUCACCUUCUAGAGAGUCCCCCCUUUCUGCACCUUAGGAUCAUCCCCCUACAACUAAGAUGCUCUAGUCCUAUCUUUGCAACGUGUCAAGAAUUCUCUUCUUUUGCACCCCCUUUAGUAGUGUAUGUUAGGGUUAGCCUCCAGUCAUUGAUACAGAUAUUGGAAAAAAAGACAACAUUGAUGUUUCUGUGCUGUUUGUUUGGCUUAGAGUGUUUAUAAAGUGGUAACAAAACCAUUCUGGAAAUGUAUCCCAUUGAAGCUGAUGUUUAACAUACAAAAAACA